GUUGGUUGGCAGCAAAAAGAGAGUCCUUGGUUCGAGGAGUGGGAGAAGCGGACUUUAAAACUGUCAGUUGACCUGCUGAACAUUGUGGCCGGGCUGCUUCCCGUGCUCAGGCCCCUAAAACAGAGGCCGUGUGAGGACACGCUUGACCAAGAAGGCUGUUCCCUACAGGUCUGUGACAGCAAGUCCUACAAGAGCAAGGAGCCCCAGGAGUUGGCGGGCAGCAGUCCCCACCGGGAGGCCAGCCCUGGGCCCGGUGCUAAGGAAGCCGGGCAGGGCAAGGACCUGCAGGAGGAGGAGGCCCCCGAGGAGCGAGAGAGCACGGAGGCAGCCCAGGACCAGCCUGGCAGGAGUGUUGGAAGCGGAGGGACGCCUCUUCCCGGAUUGGCAGUGGGGAGCACUGUGCUCUCCCCUCAGGAAGUGACUCUUACAGACCAGCUCGUCCUGGAUGACCCACGGCCCUGCUCGCCGGAGACCCCUCACCUUCCCUCCAGUACUGGGGCCAUGCUCUGCACUGGGAGGAGAAGCCAGGCUGGGCAGGAGGUCCUCUCCUGCCCUCAGGCAUCCCCCAGACUUCGGAAGGAGAGGGAGGACCAGAAGGCAGUGGGUGAGCCAGAGGCUUCCAUGCCUGCCUGGGAGGCUUCGGAAACAGAGAAAUGGCCUGGAACUGUUGAGCCCCCUGCUUCCUUCCUGAGUCCCGUUUCCUCAAGGACCAGAGACGUGGGGAGAAGACAGGUGUCUGAGAGAUCAGAUACUCCAGAGAGUUGGUUGCUGGCAGGCAGAGCUGCAGUGAAGACAGGAAACAGGAUGUCCCCUGUCCGUGAAUCUCCUUCAUCAGGAAUUGACACCUCAGAGACUUCUUCCAAAGCCCCUAGGGCAGGUCUGGCUAAGGACAGUGGAAGCCAGGGCAAGGGUCCAGCGGGAGAGCCACACCCAAAGGCCACAGAAGCGACAGUCUGUGCCAACAACAGCAAGGUCAGCUCCACUGGGGAGAAGGUGGUCCUGUGGACAAGGGAAGCUGACCGCGUGAUUCUCACCAUGUGCCAGGAGCGAGGAGCACAGCCACAGACGUUCAGCAGCAUCUCCCAGCAGCUGGGAAAUAAGACCCCCGCCGAGGUUUCCCACCGUUUCCGAGAACUCGUGCAGCUCUUCCACACGGCCUGCGAGGCCAGCUCCGAGGAGGAGGAGGACGCCACCAGUACGAGCAACACAGACCAGCUGUCAGACCGCGGGGACCUUCUGUCUGAGGAGGAGAUGGACGGGUGACUGGGCACGCACGCCUGUCGUCUGCACCGCCGGCCCCCGCCGGCCCCCCGAGGGAGGGCGCUUGUACUGUGCAGGGGUGCCCCUGAGCUCAGGACACAGAGCCGCAGGGGCUGUGAGGACAAGGACAGAGGCAGACCGGGGGCUGGACAGCCGUGCCCGCGCAGGCGUCGCUCAAGGUCUUGGGAAGCUACGUGU